UUGGAACUAGCAGCUACCAUCCUACAACGCAUAAAGUUCUCCCUCUUCUUGCCAGACUUUUUUCUUUUGUAUGUGGGCAGUGAGAGGAACAAGGAGGGGAGGGGGGAGUGUACGGCAGCAUCAAUGGAGAAGGCUGGGGAGAGGGAGGGCAGUUAGAGGACAUGGAGCAGAGACAGGGGAAGUGAACGGCUGCAUGAAAGCACUGUGAGAAACGGCAGUGGCAGGACACGGAGGGGAGGGGGGAGUGAGCUGAACUGCUGCAUGAAUGGAGAAGGCUGGGGUGAGAGGAACACGGAGGGGAGGUGGGGGAGUGAACGGCUGCACGGAGGUAUGGCAGUGAGAGGACAUGGAAUGAGGGGGAGUGAAUUGAACUGCUGCAGCUCUGGGAAUUGGGCUGAUUUCUUGGGUUGGGGGAUCUAAUAAUAAAAUGCAUUCAGCCAGCGCUCCUAUAGCCUAAGCAGUUUAUACUAUCGGUUAUGUGAUGUCACUUCCGGAAGUGACAUCAUGAACCCGGAAGUUAAGACCCGAAAACAAGGAAGUGAAGCACGGCAGCGCGCACGUAGUGCAGAAGAAGGUUUCUGGUGAGGCAAGAUGGCGAGGACCCUUGGACUCCAUCCAGAAGCGGCGGUUUUGAUUUUUUCGGAUUCCUUACAAGACUACCUGGAUUCAGCAGCAUAUUGGAAGUUACUUAGCUAAAUAUAUUAUUUUUGUCUGAGUUUGUAAAAAAGUGUUACUGUUCCUUUAAGAUUAAAGAAUAAAGAUUUUGGGUGUGGCUUCAAAGAUGAAUCAGGGUAAUUCAGGUGUAGUAAUGCCCAAAUUGGCUUUAGUUUGAUUUGGAGGUUAAGUUUGUGAUUCAGAAACUUUUCCUGGCCGAGCCAGACUUUCACUUCAGAUAUCACUUCGGAUAUCACUUCAGGUAAAAGACAAAUUUUGAUCUGCAGAACAGAACAAAGAGAUCACAGAGUUUUUAUAAACUUGGUAAUGUAUGACAUGAGAACAUAUGAGUGGAUGGGAGUUACAGGUGUGAAAGCAAAGAGAUAUUACUCUACGCACAGAAAAAUUAAAACUGAUGUUACAGCCAAACAGGUUUGUCUGCCCUCAAGGCCAGGGUAUUAAAGGCUAGCUUUGUAACAGAAUCCAUCCAAGUCAGAAAGGGAAUCACUGGAGAAUCUGCUUAUACAGAAUGGUAUUCUGUCUCUCUCAACUGCAAAAGCUGGACCUUUCUUGUUGCCCCAAAAUUCUCAUGCCUUCAAUAACCAUCAUUUAUUUUAUUUUCACUUCCUCUGUAUGCCUAUAUCCCUAUAACUCUAGAUCAAGGUUUGUAAAUUGGCCAGGUUACACUGCAAAUUUUUUUUUUGCAGUAAAAGCAAGAAAUUCUUUGUCCUCCCAUGGCCCCACAGUGGUCUAAACCCAGUGUGGUCACAACCCUUGUACCCUAUAUAGUUAUACAUCUGUCAAAAUAGCACAAAAAGUCAUUAUUCUGUGUACAUAACAGAACAAACAGUGUUUCUGUAUGCACUGUGCGCUACCAUGGAUUAAUAAUCAUCUGUUUGUUUACUGUACUAUUCCAGUGUUUACCGAAGUAAAUUAAAAAUGAUAUGAUUGAAGAUGAGAUAAACGGCUCAUGGAUAAAGCACAAGGCAAGGGAUUGAAUAGAAUCAAGUAUUACUCAGGUGCAGAGAGCUGUUAGUGUGCAUCAAAUCAUGUUGUGUAGUUUCAGACAGCCAAGGGAUUCACUAGUAUUUAUUACAAGUGAGUUUUCCAUGGAGGACUCGUUUGUUCCAUCACAAUGACUGCCGAACCCUGGAUGAUCACCUUGCAGAAAGUAUUCUACCCUCUGCUCACUGUCAUUGGAAUCCCAUCGAAUAUAAUAACUUUUCUUAUCUUCUGGAGAAGGGACUGUGGCAUUUCCCCAUCCUGUCGCUGCUACAUGAUGGCAAUCUCUGUGGCCGACACCAUGGUAAUAAUCCAGAUUGUGAUUAUUGAAAUGAUCCUUCAGUACCAUACCCCAGAACCAUUCUGGAGCAGAAUCCCUUGGUGCAUGAUCCGUGAUGUGUUGGCCUAUGGAGCUUACAACUCAUCAGUGUGGCUGGUGGUGUGCUUUACUAUUGAACGCUUUGUUGCCAUUAGAACGUGCCACCUAAAGCCCAAGUUCUGUACUAGGAAUUGCACUUUGUGUAUUAUAGCACUCGUUUUUCUCUGCAGUCAUCUCUUUUCAGUACCUUACUAUUGGUCAAAUGAAUCCCAGAAAGUGAAUAAUACAGAAACAUAUACCUGUGUGUAUAGUACCCACCCGCCGACUCCCACAUACGCUGAAGGCCUGGUGUGGUUUCAAGCAGCCCUUGUCUACAUUGUGCCAUAUAUUAUCAUCUUUACUCUCAAUGGUUUAAUAUUGAGGCAAAUAUGUCAAAGCAACAAAGUUCAGUGUGGAAUGCAACCAAACCAUGAAAGUUCCCCAUCAUUAAGAAAGCUUAGUAAACAGAAGAUGAGAUCUGUUGUGCUUUUAGUCACAGUAUCAAUGACCUUUGCUUAUCUGUGCACAACUCGCUUUGUUACUCAAAUCAUGAUCAAGACAUUGUAUUAUGGUCAAAAGAGAAGAGACUACACUAAGGCCAUUAAUAUUGCUGCUGACAUUGGAACAAUGCUGGAUUUAAGCAACGCUGCCAUAAAUAUGUACCUAUAUGCCUGCACACAGGAGAGAUUUCGGAAGGAGCUAAUGGACGUGGGGAAAGCUUUAACAAACCUUUGCCAUGUUUUACAGCAAAAGAAACAAAUGUCCAUGGUCUUUCACUUUUCCCUAAGUAAUCGUGUUCACAGCAGCGAUGCAGGUGAAUAGAAAAUCAUUUUCAUGUUUAUUUGAACUCUUAUGGCUCAAUAACACAUUUUCCAAUAAAAUAUUUUUAAACUGUCAUUCAUUUUUAAAGUCCCAAAAUGAUGUCCCUCAAAAUAUUAGCAUGUUUUUUUUUAAUGAAAUUAGGUAUAUAUUGCAUACUGUUUCAUAUUCUGUUUUUAUGUUUGUAUUUUCAAUCCUAUUACAGUUUAUACUGUACUUCUCAACUACUCAACUAUCAGAAGUUCCUCUGGCUUAAAUAUCUAAAAACAAAAAAAAAUGUUCAUAAAGUGCUGAUCACCUUUAAAUUAUA